AUGUUUGUUCCUGAAAGCGACAACUUUUCGGACAUUCUCAAGCGGUUUGAUGCACUUUUUUCUAUCCAUCCUAGUGAAAAUUUGCAUCUACCAAGCACUCUUAGUCUUCUUACGGAAUUGAGAGAACUGACGGAUCGUCUUGGAAGUAAAAUAUGCACCACUAACAUCGUCAAACUAUGCGGUGAUGAAAAAUUCAUUUGCUAUUACAAGAACUGUUUGGAUUAUUUUGUGUCGGAACCUAAACUCAGUGCCCUUUCAAAUUCACGAUCUGUCCAAGUAAAUAAUUUUGCGAAGUUGCACGGCUUUCUUUGGCACAUUUGCCGACAGCACUGUACGGCGGGCCACUGGGUGUGCGAAAAACUGAGCACUCAUGGCGUUCAUGAUUGGUUGUGGCGCUUCGUCUCUUGCAGAGAUUUUAUUGCGACGAAGUGUGUGCAAAAUUCUCGUACGAAAUUGAUAGUUUGUUGGUCGUUUGGCAUUCUUUUGCAUAUUUUGACACGAACGCAAGUUUCCGUGAAUAGCUACCGCAACUGCAACGGGGUACAUAUCUUGCGUCCCUUUUUAAUGAACUGUAGGGUACGCAAGUCAAGAAGCCAAUCGGAAUAUUUAAAAAUGUGUGCCCUUUUGCUUUUAAUACCUUUAGUUAAUGAAAGUGAGAACAAGUCGAUCAACGCCAUAGAUAAUUAUGUAACAUACCUUCUUUCUGCUGUCAGAAUUGCCCUUAAGUCACAGGAUCUAUAUUCAUCCGUCCACAAGCACCAUUUGCGAGACCUUCUACGCGGACUUAAUGGACUUACUCGUUUUGAUGCUAAUAAACGGGUGCUACUGGAAGGUCACAUACUUGAUGACAUUUUGACUAUGUUAAAAAUUGCAAAAGACCUCCCUUAUUCUAAGGUCAAUAUGCUGCUUCAGUCUCCCGUUCCCAACACUAACUCGGAUAAUCUGGCUGCGGAAGUAGUAAGACUAUUGUGGCAACUCUGCUUCCUAUCCGAAACCAGAGGAAAGUUGUCUCAAUAUCCAUCACUUAUUGAUCUUUGUCGUGAAUUUGGAGGUAGCAAUCGUUCACAAACCUGUCGGGAAACAGUCGAAGGCUUGCUAUGGUCACUUUCUCAACCACUGACGGACUUUGAAAGGGGAGAUAUUAAAUACACUCCUCUUUCGGCUACUGGCAAUCCAAACGGCCACAUUGUUUUCGCUUGUAAUCGUGCCAACCACCGGAAAACUGUGGAUUUCCUAAAGUUGUCACUUAAACAACGUGGAUACAACGUAUAUUUGGAGUCGGAGAGGAUGGAAAUGGAGAAAGCACUAGAAGACGCAUCUGCUUUGAUCCUCUGUCUAAGUUACUCAUUCAGCACUUCUCCAUUUUGCCGACAGCAAGUUCUCUCUGCGCUCAAUUACGGUGUAGCCCUUGUACCGGUACUUCUUGAAUGCAACUACGAACCGGAAACUUGGCUUCAUUACCUUCUUGCGACCGUCAUCUACACAUCAUUUACCGACCGUGAUGACUUUGAGCGGGCUGCCGAGUCUCUCUCCUUGGCUCUUACGAAGUAUGGGAUUGUGAGGGCGGUCUCCAGUGUGGAUCAUGAAACUGAUUCUUCCGAGGCCAUUCCAUCACCUUCCGUUGCAUCACCGUGGCGUUCUAUUGCUCUAAAGAAUCACACGGGACGGGGGCUUCGCAUGCAGUUAUUGUCAGGUAUGCCUAAGACAUCUCGUACACCACACUUGUCUACGAAGUUCAUUCGGUUAAGUAGCCCUUUUAAAUUUCAGAAUCAAGCAACGCCUCGACCCCAACCCCCAGUGAUUGCGCUACCGCGUCUGUCUGUCAAAGCUGUCAGCACUCACCCUUUUCUACGUGUGCUCUCGGUUUGGAGUAACGGUGAACAGAGCGCGGCUAGCUCCAGGCUGCAGGGGCACUCGCAAUCUCAGCAGCAUUGGGAGGAGGAUCAAGAGUCUUUAUUGGCAUACCAGGCUCCCUCACCGACUGUAAGAUUAUGGAACGUGGAGCGGGUGCAGCGAUGGUUGGAGGAGAGCGGCCUAGCACAUUACGCUCAGGCUCUCAGCUGGCUGGACGGCAAUCUGCUAUGGGAGCUGGCCUGGCACCGUAUUCGUAGUUGCGACGCCUUCUUCUCAAACCUUGAGCAUCACCUCAAUAUGCCGCAACACGAUCAGGUUCUCUUCUUUAAUACUCUUUCUCUCCUCGCUGACGUCUCAUAA